AUGGCGGAGAAGAGUGCCGCUGCCGCUGGCGGCGCCUCAGGUGACAGCUACAACGAAGAUGUAGGUGAUGACCCGGUGCUCAAGGCAGCUGUGGAGGUGUUCGAGAAGCUGAAGGGUGUAAACUGCCCGUUUCUCGACGGGCUGUAUAUUACAGAACCAAAGACAAUUCUGGAGCUGCUGUGUAGACCCUCAAAGUACCGGUUGGACAUACUGGAAUGGAUGUGUAUUCGGGUCUGCCCCUCCUUGCAAGACAAGUUCAACUCACUGAAAGGGACCGCAAUGGAUUUGAAGAUACAGGAGAUGGUGAAGCUAGGCCAUGAACUGAUGUUGUGUGCACCAGAUGACCAAGAUCUUCUGAUGGGUUGUGAGUGUCCCCAGAAGCAGCUGCAGUUCAUGGACCAGUUUCUGGAUAUGAUGCGGAGUCUGAUCGCUGGAUGUUCCAGUAGUUCUAGCCUGAAGGAAUACCUUGAAAACACCACCGAGAAGAAUGAGGCCUUGCUGGGGGAGCUCUUCUCCAGCCAUAACUUGUGGACAAUCUUGAAGCCGGAGAGUAAGCCACGGUCCCUGGACAUGCCGUCCUCUUUCAACGAGCAAUCUGAUGACCUGCCAACGGAUGGCUCCUCUGCCCAGUCAGAGGGAGAGAAGGUGGCAGUUCUGGCCAGGCAGCUUCAGGAGAGUGCUGACAAGCUUCAGACACUCCGAGACCAGUGCUUGGCACAGACUAAGGCAGGGAUUGACACCAGCACCGUACACCAGAAGCUCCGUCUGGUCAUCUCUGACUUCUACCAGCUUAUUCUGGCCUUCCUGCAAGUCUAUGACGACGAGCUGGGCGAGUACUGCCAGCGCCCACUACCCAGCCUGCACCCAAGCGGCCCUAUCAUACAAGCUGUCUAUCAGACUCUUAGUUCAUGUAGCCAAUUGUUGAGAGCAAUCAUGGAGAUUGCAGACACCUCUGCUGAAGCUGUGGAAGUAGCAAGGAAGCAGCAAGAAGACCCAAACUGUUGGGGCAGCAACAACUCUGGGAUGAGCCUAGCUGCCAGGAUUGAUGAAGUGACACAAAAGUACAAGAUCCUCAGUGACAGAUUGCACAGAGGCACAAGAUAAUGUGGGGGUCUAAAGCCCUCCCUGGAGCUGUCAUGGGGCGGGGAGCAGUUGGAGUCGUGUUCGUGGCCUGCAUGGUGCCUGUGGUUUGAAGGGGAGUGGGGGGAGCUACAGAAGGCAGGC